AUGGUGGGCAGUGAAGAUGACGCCCAGAGCAGUCCUGAGACAUGUCGCGAUGUCCCAGAAAGCCUGCAGUCAUCUACUCAUGGCUCUACCCGGCUACCAGACAUGGAAGUGGACCAUACCGCUGGGCCUGCGUGCCCGGCUCUGAAUGUCGGGGACUAUUGGAUCUCUCGACACGUCAAGAUGAUAACGAAAGUCAUGAUAUCCUUACGGACAUGGAAGCUUGAUCUUGAUGAAGACGAAUUUCGCAGUGUCUUCAAUGGUACCUCUUCACUUCGAGAGGUCACUGUGAAAGCUGCGAAGCAAAUGCUGAUCAGCAUCGGUGAGAAUCUAGUCCAAAUGGUCGACAUCACAAGUGCAAACCCGAGCAUCAGCGAGCAUCUCCGUCGGGCUGGGUUGACUCUAAAGGAGAGUGUCGAAAGGGCAAAGAUGCCGACAGACAACGGCAAUGACUCGGAUGCCACCUCGGCCAUAAGCCAGUUGUCCUCAACACCCAGGCCAGACCCCGAAGGCGACCAAGACCCUGUAGAAAUCCUGGAGAGAGACACCGAACGUCUCCUGGCGAUGGAGGUUGCCAAAACCCUCCGGCAACUACACAGGAAGCAUACAGCGGGUACAUCGGACUACCAAUUCACCUUUGAACAGAGGAUGGGUUUGAAACCCCAAUCUGCCAGUCGGGCCACCGAACAUGAAGCAAGCAACGAAGCCCACCGCCGGCGGAUUUCAUCUCCCAGCAGAAUAAGCCGAACGAGUUCAUCCAACAGUCGCCGAAAAUCGCGAGCAAGACGGCGAUCAAUCCAUCAGCCAAAUUCACCACCCAGCACGCCGCUUUCCGGAUCUGGUGCUAGGGAAUUCCUAGAUGCUUCAUCAAGCUCAAAGAAACCCAGAACCGAACAUGUCAACACCCAACAUAAUUACUUGCACGGUGUGGAAGACGCCGUACGGGCGAUUGAGAAGUUGCGGCCAGAAACGAUGCCGUCCUUGGACAUUGAUACUGUCUUGAGUGACGGGUCGGUGCAUUUGACCUUGCUCGUCUCUCAGGACCCAAUGCAAUUUCGAAUGGACAGUGUGGAGGUAUCAGAACGCCCACCUUCUCUGGAAGACUCGACACAAGAAACCAUGGCGGAUCCAGCUGAAGAUGCUCUAACAAAGGCAUUCUUUCACUUCCAGCUGAACGACGAGGAUACCCGAGUGGCUCCUGAACUGUUGAAUACCUUGCGCAAUCAAUUCUUCGAACCACAGCACGAAGUGAUGGAAACGACCCCAACAGUAGAUGCAGCCUCUUCAAUUCAGGAUAUUUUGAAGUCCAUGAAAUUCACCCUAUCGAUCCUUCAAAAUUUUCCUAGUUGGUUUAUCUUGACGAAUUCCCGGAGUUUAACUUACACAAAAGCCCUCUGCGUAUCCGUAGAGUCAUCUCUUGUUGGCGACUACUUGAAAUUGUGGACGAAUUUGCUCACCAAGUCCUGCGGUAUCAUGAAAACGAAGCCCGACGAUCGAAACUUCGCCAAAGUCCUAUCUUCUUUUCUUUGCAGUCUAGUUCGGCAACUUCGAAACAUUAAUCGGGUUUCUUCAAACAAUCUGAUUUUGGAACGGCUCCAGGGCCUCCUCAGUGAAGUAAUCGAAGAGUUUGAGUCUCUCAUAGGCAACCAGGCGAGCAAGCUCUCUCGUUCAUCAUUGAUGGCGGGUUCUGAAGAUGAUCGCUUUCAAAUAUCCGGCGAUGACAAGGACAAUACAACGGAUCACACACUUAAUGAAAUGAGCACCAGUAUCAAGGCUGUUCAGAUGUUAGACAUCGACAACGAGAAGAGAGAAGACAAGAGCUCUCCUACAGUCCGUUUCAGCAAUGUCAUCACUCAAAUCUCGAUCGAUGAAAAGGAUCGUAUCGAAGAGCCCCCUGACAACCAUGUUGCCGGUAUGGGCGACUCUGAUGACCCGCUCACUACGUUCCUGGAGACGUACGAAACCCAAAUCCCCCAGAGCCCUGUGUUUUCUUUCUUGUGCAUCGUGUCAGAUAUGAAGUCUGAGGUGCCUACGGCGCAUUCUAGCGUUACGGAUUUGUUGGGACAGGUGGAAGCCCUAAAGGAAAUUGAAGUUGGCCAGUUACUCCGGGGGAUUGACUACUGA